CUCUCACACCUUGAAUCAAGGUAAUUUUAUCGAACAGUUGGUGGGCAUGCUAUACAAAGACUUUUCUCGUAAACCAACAGGCCCAGCAAAAAAUCAAACCACCGUGUUCCCUCUCAUGCCUUUCCUCUCCAGGGGCUGAGCCCCUGCAAACUCCGUCGGCUUUGUUCCGCACCACCCUAGAUCCCGCCGCAUUGCCCAGCUCUUGCUGACUCAACCCCGCGUCGUCAUUUCCCUUGUGCGCCCAAAGCUUUUAGGGAUCAUAACUCCGACGCCACUCUCCAUUGCUCAGAAUUCGACGAUUUAAAGUAAACGGCGCUGAAAUGACGACCCAAGCUGCUACCACUUUCAAUGGCAACCUAAAAGGUAGUGUCUUUAUUGGGCAUGCUUGUUUCUUCUACCCAUUGCUUCACGAGUUGAAUUCUUUUGCAUAUCUAAUUAGCCUGGACCUGGAUAUUUUUUUUUUGCUGUGACUCAAAAGUUGGAAGUCUUUUGACCAACCCCUAUCAAUUAGAAAUCCAUUUGCUAUACCAUAAGUAUCGAAAUUUGCCUGCUUUUGUAUUCAUGCAGAAAGCAGUUGCCAGCCUGAGGGGUAUCAAUCUUGAAGGUUUGAGAUGGAGAGUGUCUCAUGCCAAAGGGCAGGCGGGAACAUUUUUUCCCCCCUCCUAUGAUCUGCUUGAUAAAUAGACCUGCUUAAUACCUAAACUUCACUCUCUGAAAGAGAUUGAAAUUUAACUGGCAGAUUAUGAUGUGUAGUUUGGUCAAGUAGCUGCCUUUUUGUUGCAAGUUUUGUUGGUUUCCUCUUCAACUUGGUAGGGGCCAAUCAUUUGAUGUAAAUAUCUUUUCCUUAUUGUGGUCUUUUGGCCUGUAAAGAAAAAUCAAUGUCAUUUUUUAAUUGUUAUGGGUGCUUGGAAGAUUAGCACCUCAAAUUGCAACAGUGGUCCAACGGAAGGGUAAGCCCACAUACACCCCAAAUCGUGAUGAUGGGGAUAUGUGCGUUGUGAUUAAUGCCAAGGAUAUAUGCGUUACUGGGAGAAAACUUACUGAUAAGUUCUACCGCUGGCAUACUGGCUAUGUGGGAAACCUUAAGGAAAGGAGUUUAAAGGAGCAGAUGGCUAAGGAUCCUACAGAAGUCAUCGGAAACCUGUCCUGCGCAUGCUUCCAAGAAACAAAUUGCGUGAUGGUCUAUGGACUACCAUGCUUCUGCAUGUAUUGUGUGGUUAGCGCCUGCAUGCUUAUCAUGCCUUGCAAUCUGUGUACACAAGAAUGUAUUGGAUGCUGCAAAGAUAGAGAUCGCAAGUUGAGGAUAUUUGCUGACGUUGAGCACCCCUUUUGUGACCGGCUGCUUGAACCAUAUAUAAUGCCUCCCCGAAAAGUGCGAGAAAUGCGCCCACGUGCAAGAAGAGCCAUGAUUCGAGCUCAAAAGAAAGCUAAGCAGCAAGAGAGUGGAGGUAAUGAAUCAACAAAAGGAAGAAAGAGAAAGAAUGAAGAGAACACAGAAGUGGCAGCAUGAACAAUUCUCUCUCCAGUUGCUCCCCACGUAGCUGCUGUCUUUUCUUAAUUCUACACCCCUAACCACCAUGGAGGUGCCAUGUGCGCAUGGAUUAGUUUGAAUAAUGUCUUGUUGUCUAGUUUUUGGAGUCCCUUCUAGGCUAAACAUCUUUAUUUGUCGUUUUCUUCAGAGCUAAAUUUUGAAAGAUGAAAUAUGCUGUGUUUGUUGGGCGCUGUCUGGGAAGGCCAAACUCUUAUUUACACUUUGAAUAUUAUUUUUUGUAAUAUUUUAAAAAAAAUUUUCUUGUUGG